GAACUAUUCAAUAGCGAAUUAAAUCAGGAGUUGUCUAAAGUUUGUGAAGAAAUGGAGAGGGGUCAACUGUUCGAUUCGUCAUACGAUGAUGAGUUGUAUCAUCACUGUGCGAUGGUUGAAACACAGUUUAAGUAUGUAAAAUAAACAUUCAUUUCGAUCAUAAUUUACAUAUUGUCUUAUACAGUUUUUAAUAAAUUUAAACAUUUUAGCAGUCAACCACUACAACUUGGAAGAGGAACGAAGCGAACGUGCAGCAAAGAAUCCAAGAUCAUCAAAAAACCAACAACGGAAGCAGAAGCGCAUACCUCUGCAGGGAACAGUAUCAGUAACGAUGAUCAAGUGGAAUGUCCAACGUGCCAUAUAUUUAUCAAGAAACGGUAUUUAGCUAAUCAUUUUAAAAGUAAUGUUCAUAAAAAUAAUCUUUUAAAUUCACAUAAUUCUUUAUCAAACGUUAGUGUUAUUGAAUCUGCUUUUGGAAAUAGGAUUUUAACUUAUAAAAUCAAGAGUAGAGUAGAUCGUUCGACAUGGGUAAAUUUUGAAACUCCUGAACUAUUUUUAAAUUCUAUUAAAGAUGAUAUUUUAUUUUUAUUACAAGAGUGUAUUCAUCAACACAUAAUUUUUAAGGUAAACUUCAUAUUGCAUGCUGAUUUUGUUCAACAAACUAAAGAUAUUCAUGAUACGUUCGAUUUUCAAACGCUUAACUAUAUUAUUUGUCAAGGAGAUGACUUAAAUAUUUUUCUUUCAUCUUUAAAUGAUACAAUUACUACUAAAAUUAGUGCUUUCGAAAAAAAAGAUAGUGGAUGGAGUCUAAAAAACAUAAAAUCUAUAGACAUGAAUGUUAAUAAAUUUAACCCCCUACGCGGUACUUCAUACAUAGAUCUUCCUCGUGACAUAAAAUUAAAAAAGGCUGUUAUAAAUGUAAAAAACAAGGAUUAUUUUUGUUUUAAAUGGGCGUUACUCUCGGCGUUAUAUCCUGUAAACAAACACACCGAUCGGGUAUCAUCGUACGUUAAACAUGCAAAUAAACUUAAAUUUGAUGGUAUUUCCUUUCCGGUUAAAAUUUCUGACAUAGCAAAAGUAGAGAAAUUAAAUGAUAUUAGUAUUAAUGUUUUUGGGUUAGAAUAUAAUAAAGAAAAACGAUGUAAUUCUAUAGUAGGUCCAUUAUUUUUAACAAAGUGUCGUAAAGAUAGACAUAUCAAUUUAUUAUUUUUUUCCAAGGAUACAAAAAAUCAUUAUUGCUAUAUAAAAAAUUUAUCGCGGUUAGUUAGUAAACAAAUUUCAAAAGACGGUCACAUCAUGUACAUUUGUGAAGCAUGUCUACUUCGUUUUCCAUCUCAGGAAAGGUUAAAUAACCAUGAACAAUACGAUUGUGCUCACAUUUGUACAGUAUUACCAAACAGUGAAACUUUAAAAAAAAAAGAAUUGGUUUGGUCAACCUAUUUCAAAUGAUAAAAUUAAAUUUGAUAGUUAUGAAAAAAAGUUAAAGAUACCAUUCGUAGUUUAUGCUGAUUUUGAAGCAUUUUUAAAACCAAUAGAAUCAUGUUCUAACGAUCCUUCCAAACCUUUCACUCAUAAUAUUCAGAAACAUGAAGUACAUAGUUUUGGAUAUUAUAUAAAAUGUUCAUAUGAUGAUAAAUUAUCAAAAUAUGUAACAUAUUGCGGACCCAACUGUGCACAAGUGUUUAUGGAAAGUUUAUCUAACAAUCUAAAAGAAAUAAAUAGACUUCAAAAAUAUCCACCACUUCCGCUAACAAAUGAAGACAAAAACCAAAUUUCAAAUGCAACCAUUUGUCAUAUUUGUGAAACUGAGUUGGCAAAACAUUUUUAUGAUUUUGAUUGGUACACUGGUAGUUUUAUAGGUGUUGCUCAUGAAUCAUGUUGUUCGAAGAUCAGAACACCUAGUUAUAUACCAAUAUUUUUACACAACCUUAGUCACUAUGAUGCUCAUUUUAUUGUUCACGCGUUAAACUUUUGUGAUGGUGAAGUCGAAGUUAUCCCUCAAAAUAAAGAAAAAUAUAUAUCCUUUUCCAAAAAAUUAAAAGUGAAUAACCACGAAAUUAUAUUGAGAUUCUUAGAUUCAUUUAAGUUUUUAUCGUGUAAAUUAGAAGAAUUGGCCAAAAAUCUCAGUAAUGAUCAAUUUCAAGAAUUACGUAGAAAUUACCCUAAUGAUGAAGAUUUCUUUCGUUUAAAACGGAAAGGUGUUUAUCCAUAUGAACUUAUGACUAAAUAUGAUAGUUUAAGUCUAACAUCGCUCCCUGAACAAAAAUGUUUUUAUAGUUCACUCACAGAUUCACAUAUUUCAAAUGAUGAUUACAAUCAUGCUAAAGAUGUUUGGGAACAUUUUGGGUGUUGUAAUAUGCUAGAUUAUUCAAACCUAUAUUUAAAAACAGACGUUUUACUUUUAUCCGAUGUAUUUGAAAACUUUAGAAAGUUAUGUAUUAAUACAUAUGAUUUAGACCCUGCCCAUUAUUACACAGCACCCGGUUUAAGUUGGGAUGCAAUGUUAAAAUAUACAAAAAUAGAAUUAGAACUUUUAACAGAUUAUGAGAAAAUUGCAUUUAUUAGAUCAGGUAUCAGAGGUGGUGUAUCUCAAUGUAGUAAUCGUUAUGCUAGAGCUAAUAACAAAUACAUGGAGGAUUAUGAUACAGGGAAACCAAAUUCAUAUAUCACAUAUUUUGAUGCCAACAAUUUAUAUGGUUGGGCUAUGUCUCAAUAUCUUCCUACUGGUGAAUUCGAAUGGGUAAAUCCAAAUACAGAAUUUAAUGUGUCUAAGACAUCAGACUUCGGUUUUAUUUUAGAAGUUGAUUUGGAAUAUCCAGAUGAACUUCAUGAUUUACAUUCGGACUUUCCUUUAUGUCCAGAAAACAUUUGUGUAGGCAAUAUUAAUGAGAAUAAACUAGUCCCAAAUUUAAAUAAUAAAGAUAAAUAUGUAAUUCAUUACAGAAAUUUAAAGCAGUGCAUAGAAAUGGGGGUUAAAUUAACUAAAAUUCAUAGAGUUUUAAAAUUUAAACAGUUUCCCUGGUUGAAGAUGUACAUAGAUCUAAACACAAAAUUAAGAACUUUAGCAAAAUCAGAUUUCGAAAAAGAUUUUUAUAAAUUAAUGAAUAAUUCAGUCUUCGGUAAGACUAUGGAGAAUAUUGAAAAAAGGGUUAACAUAAAAUUAGUUACGCACUGGGAGAACCAGGGUAAAGCUUUAGGUGCUCAAGAUCUAAUCGCUAAACCACAAUUUCAUAGCCUUUCAAUAUUUUCGGAAAACCUAGUUGCGGUUCAGUUGCGAAAAACGAAGUUAAUAUAUAACAAACCAAUUUAUUUAGGGUUUUGCAUUUUAGAUAUUUCAAAAACAUUAAUGUAUGAUUUUCAUUAUAACUAUAUGAUUAAAAAGUUUAGUAAAAUCAAAUUAUUGUAUACAGAUACGGAUAGUUUAAUAUAUCAUAUAUUUACAAAUGAUUUUUACACUGAUAUAAAACCUGACCUUUCAUCAUACUUUGAUACCUCAGAUUAUGAUACAAAUAAUAUUUUUGAAUAUCCAAAAUUAAAUAAAAAGAAAUUAGGUUUUUUUAAAGAUGAAAAUAAUGGUAAAAUCAUGAAAGAAUUUGUGGGUUUACGAUCCAAAAUGUACGCUUUUAACUUAGAGAAUAAGACUAUAGCCAAGGCAAAAGGGGUAAAUAAAUGUAUCACUAAAAAGAUGACAAUGAAUAGUUAUAAGUCUUCUCUAUUUAAUAAAAAAGUGCAAUAUUAUAGCAUGCUUAGAUUUAAAUCAAUUAAACACACAAUUUUCACACAAAAAUUAAAUAAGAUAGGUUUAUCAUAUAAUGACACAAAGAGACAUAUUUUAGAUAAUAAUAUUGAAACAUUAGCUUGGGGUCAUUAUAAACUGCGUUAAGUGUUGAUAGUUUUUACUUUUAUGUCUGCGUUUAAGAAAAAUUUAUAUUGAUUGUAAAAUUAUGAUAAUACUAUAAUAUGACGUAGUUUAUUACAUAUUUAAACAUUGUUUUAUUGUAAAUAAUUUAAGUUAAUUGUUGUUUCUAUUUAUUUGAGGUUGAGUUAAUUGUAAAAUUAUGAUGUACUAAUUGUUGUUUCUAUUUAUUUGAGGUUGAGUUAAUUGUAAAAUUAUGAUGUACUAAUUGUUGUUUCUAUUUAUUUGAGGUUGAGUUAAUUGUAAAAUUAUGAUGUACUAAUUGUGUUAGAAAUAGUAUACAGAUAAUUCUGUUUUAUAUAAUUUUUGGAAUAUAUAUUAAUUGUUUACACCAACACUUUCAUUUUUUAUUUCACCCCUUUGAACUUUAGACGUGUGUUGUGUUUCACUUUAUCCAUCCGUUCACUGCUAUUGUGGCAGGACCAAGUGGGUGUGGGAAGUCAAAUUUUGUAACAAAUUUCAUAAAAUCAGUUACAGAAAUAUGUAAUUGUGAUUUUAAUCAGAUCACAUGGUGCUUUGAUGAAAUGCAACCAUUAUAUAAUUUACCAAAUGUUAACUAUCAUCAAGGAAUUCCAAAUCUUAAUAUGUUUGAUGGUGAAAACCCACAUCUUGUUAUUAUUGAUGAUCUAAUGAGAGAGUCCGAUGGAAGAAUUGUGGAUAUAUUUACAAAAGGUAGUCAUCACAGGAAUCUUAGUGUAUUUUAUCUAACACAAAAUUUAUUUCAUCAGGGUAAAGGACAAAGAGACAUAUCUUUAAACUCAAGUUAUAUAAUAUAUUUUAAAAACCCUCGAGAUAAAACUCAAAUAAGAUAUUUAGCAAGACAAGUAUCACCACAUAACCCAAAAUUCAUUGAAAAUGCCUACAGGGAUGCAACUCUAGAGGCGCAUGGAUAUUUAAUGGUAGAUUUAAAACAGAAUACCAAUGAUUUUUGUCGUAUCAAGACAAAUGUCUUUCCAUUUAAUGGUUUCUGUACAGUCUACGUCCCCACAAAAGAGUUUAAAUACACCAAGAAUCAAACAAUUGAAAUCAUUGCUAAAUGAUGCAUCGUCGACUCACAACGUAUAAACAUUUGCUAACCGCUUUGCAUACGCUUAAACCAAAAUAUCAAAGAGCAUUACUUAAAACGUGUGAUGAAGAAGAAAUUAACUGUAUUUGUGAGUGUAUUCAUAACGUUUUACAAGGAAAAGUACCUCUUAAAGAUCAGG